AUGUCAAUCUCACAACAAGCCCCGACGCCAAUCUCGAUUACCAUUUGCGGCGACGGCGGCUGCGGAAAAUCCUCUAUAACUCUCCGUCUCGUGCGUUCGCAAUGGACCUCCGAAUACGACCCCACUAUUGAGGACUCCUACUCCAUCACCCGCAAGAUCGAUGGACAAAACUACCACCUUUCUCUUACGGAUACGGCCGGGCAAGAGGAGUACCGCGGCAUGUGGGCAUCAUCAAACCUCGGCGCGGAUGCUUUCUUGCUCGUGUACGACAUCACCUCCCGCGAUUCCAUCGACGCUCUCCAGUACUUUAACGACCUCAUCGACAUGGAGGCAGAGACUCGCCUCGAUAAUGCUGAGCGCGCAAAACGUGCCGGCCUCUCACCCUCCUCCUACCGCGAUACCGUAUCUGCCACGCCGGGCGCUAAAACCGUUCCUCCCGUUAAGAUUGUCGCCGGCAACAAAUGUGACCUUCAAGAGUCCCGCGCUGUUCCUGCGGCCAUGGGCCUAGACUGGGCGCGUCGCCGGGGGUGCGGUUUCAUGGAGACGAGUGCACGGCUCGAGGUCAAUAUCGAGGAGACGUUUGCGCUCAUUGUUCGUCGCGUUGUUGAGGCUAGGCGCAUGGCGGAGCUGGGCGUCAACGAAAACAUGGAAAUGGAUCGGAGAGGAAUGACCAAGCCGCUAAGUCCCCUUCCGGCAGGCAGCGAGCAGAAUGAGAAACGCGGCCCCGGUGUUCGGGGUCCGAACAUCGAAGGCAAGGUUGGCAAGGCAUCGAUAUGGAGGAAGCUCCGGUGCUGGUGA